UGCGGUGCAAAAAAAAAAAAAAAAAAAGACUAUAAAUUGCAAACCCUAGGGCGAGAUUAAAAGAGAAGGGUAUUUUUCUUAAGUGUUUUGUGGAAGUAAAACUGCUGCUUUCCUUAUGGCUGAAAGAGGGAUUUUUCUGUUAGGGGUUUGUUGUUAUCUUGUGGUUUCUUUAUGUUGAAGAGGGAGACAGAAAAAGAACGGGUUUUGUAGAAGUGAAAUUGUUGUUUUCCUUGAUGGCUGAAAGCAGCAUUGACAAAAUCAGUCGAUUAACCGAUGAACUUCUUUUGCACAUUCUCUCAUUCCUUCCCAUGAGAGAUGUUGUUCGUACCUCUGUACUCUCAACCAGGUGGAGGUAUCUUUAUGUUUCAGUUUCUAAUCUUGAUCUUGAUUUUCAUGUCGGAGCUCAAAUGAAGGCCAAUAAGUUUUGUUUGAGGAGAUUUGUGGAUAGACUAUUCUUCUUCCGUAAAAGAAGUUCUGUCCAUAAGUUUCAUCUCAAAUGGUCUACCUCAAUUUCAGGAUUUCUUGAUCCUUUGCAUCUAAAAGAGUGGAUUAGUGCCUUAAUUUGGCAUGGUAUUCGAGAGCUUGAUUUAUUUAUAGAGCUUAGUGAUGAUAAAGAACUGCUGUUGCCGACUGGUUUCUUUACCUUUAAGACAUUGGUGGUUCUGAAAUUGUUCGUUUUACAUCGUUGUGACUUGAAAUCGGAUAAUGACUCCAAGGCCGAUGACUCUGAGUUGGACAUGGACUCUGAGUCUGAGGACUUGAAUGUGCACUUUGAGUCUGAUGUCUGGCGCAUGGACUCAGGUGAGUCUGGUUUAAAAGUUCCUUCCAAAGUUUGUCUCCCAAGUCUCAAGGUUCUUCGCCUGUGUAAUAUUGCAUUUUCAAAUGAUGACUCUUGGAGUAGGCUACUGUCUAACUGCCCCGUUCUUGAGGAUUUGCACUACCGUUUUAUUGGCAAUAUCUGGAAACUAGGUAUUUGUAAUCCUACACCCAAGAGGUUGCGCAUGGAUCACUGCAAACUUGGUAUUUCUAAUCCUACACUCAAGAGGCUGCACAUAGAACACCGCCCAAAGGGGCGGUCUUGCGGUUUAGAGAUUGUGAUUAAUGCCCCAAGCCUUGUCGACUUGGAUUACAGUAUCUCUUGUUUAACUUCUCAUGCAUGUGUAAAUAUCCAGUCCCUUGAUGAAGCCAGAAUUGAUUUUCAACAAGGUGGUGGCAAUCCUAGCAAUUACAUUGAGGCUGCAACUGAUUUAUUGAGAGGGAUAUGCAACAUUCAGAAACUUGGUAUUUCUGGUCGAGCUCUAGCAGAUCUUAUUCUCUACAGUGUUCCCAUCCCUACAUUUCAAAAUGUGACUCAUUUGGCAAUUUGGUGGUGCUUGGACUUGUGCUUGACACAAUUACCAUAUUUACUUACACGUUGUGAAUCUUUAGAAACCCUUGUCUUUGAGCACUUUGAUGGUAGAAAUUGGAGUCCUGCUGCCUGGUACCAACUAGAGGAAUCUAGAGCCAGUUGUUUGUCAGCUAGCCUGAAGACCAUUGAAAUGUUAAAUUUUGAUGGAAAUGAACACGAAAUGGAAUUUGUCAAGUAUUUGCUGAAAAAUGCAAGAGUUCUAGAGAGCAUGAAGAUUCAUAUUUUGGGAAAAUAUAAGAAACAAGUGCUACUGCUACUGCCACCUAGUUUAUUUACUUGUGAGACAUUGGUGGUUCUGAAGUUGAGUGUUUACUCUGAGUCUGGGCAGGACAGCUCUGAUGAGUCGAGUUUAAAAGUCCCUGCCAGUGUUUGCCUCCCUAGUCUCAAGAUUGUGGUUGAUGCGCCUGGUCUUGACUACUUGGAGUUGUCUGUUUGGGAUGUAUACUCUUGUACAUUUCUGAACAUCAACACUCUUGCUAAAGCCGAUGUUGGUUUUCUAUGUCAUGAAUGGGAGGAUUAUGAGGGGAGUCAUGCAAAUGCUGUAGCUAAUCUGAUGAAAGCCAUAAGCAACAUCCAGACAUUUCGUAUAUGUGGUUUAACUCUAUGUGAAUUUAAUUAUUUUGACAUUCCAAACCCUGGGUUUAACAAUGUUACUUAUUUGACAAUUGCUUCUUGGGAAGAGUGUGGCUUUCCAGAACUACAGUAUAUACUUGCACGUUGCAGUGAAGUUGAAAUUGAACUAGCAAAGUAUUUUCUUCAAAGUGCAAAAGUUCUAGAAAGAAUGGAAAUUCAUAUUGAGGCAGAAUAUCAAGACCAAUUGGAGAUCACCAGAGUUACUAAGGUUACCAAGAGCCUCAAAUGAAUGCAUUGUCGACAUAGUUUAGGUUUCACUGUAUUUCCUUUUUGUUGAAUUGUUUGUUGUUAUUUCAGUUAAUUACAACUUAUUUGUAAGGGAUGUCAUUCUGUUCUGGAUGUGUAUGGAUUGUUUUUUGUCUACUUGUACCUAUAUUUUAAUUAUAUGCUGUUCAAAACUCUCCUUAUAUUGAUAAAAAGUAGUUUUAAGG